AGACGGUCGAGAAUUCACGGGCAAGCGCAAACACAAACAUAAUCUCUGAGACAUGCCAGAUUAUUUCCUCCUUCAUCGUCCCCAUCACCGCCGUGUCGUUUCACGUUAAGAAAAUCCGUGGAUGCUGACGAACGGCAACUGAGAGAAAAAAAAAAGCCCUUUUGAUAAGCUAGGCGCUUUUUUUUUUUUUUUUUUUUUUUUUGGUUUUUGUUUUUGUUUUUUUGGUUUUUUUCAUCAUCUGAUUGUACGGUCACCUUGCGAUUCAAUCCCAAAAAAGCGAAAGCAGAGAGAAAAAUGGCUCAAGAUUCUGAGAAGAAGUUCCAUUCGAUCAUGGACAAGCUUUUUUACGCUCCCAAAUCCAUCCCUAACUCCUCCUCCAGUAGUGGUACUUCGAAUUCAAAAACUUCGAGGGGUAAAAAGCGUGCAAAUCCGUCGUCUGCACUCGCCUUAGUAGAACCGACUUCGAGUGGUAAUGCAUUCGAGCCUUCCUCUCAGGCUCCGUUGUGUAGGCCAUGGGACCGUGGAGAUCUUAUGAGGAGGUUAGCCACAUUCAAGUCCAUGACUUGGUUUGCUAAACCUGAGGUAGUAAGUGCUCUAAAUUGUGCUAGGAGAGGUUGGAUCAAUGUAGAUACAGAUAUCAUAGCCUGUGAAUCAUGUGGGGCACGUCUUCUCUUUUCAACUCCUUCAUCUUGGAAUCAGCAGCAAGUUGAGAAGGCAGCCUUGGUAUUUAGCUUAAAGCUGGACAAUGGGCACAAAUUACUUUGUCCUUGGAUUGACAAUGCAUGUGAUGAAAUGCUGGGACAGUUUCCGCCCACACCACACCCAGUUUUAGUUGAUAAAUUCAGAGAACGUUGCUCUGUCCUCUUGCAACUUUUCGCUCUUCCUUUGAUUUCAUCUUCAGCCAUUGACUGCAUGAGAGUUCCUGAACUCGAGCAAUUUCUUGAUCAAUCUGUAGAAUGUGGCAAUGGUUCUGCCAAAAGUUUAACAACAGAAUAUCUUGGCAGCGAAUGUGAUUCUGCAAAGCUGUAUUAUCAGGCACAAAAGCUUAUAAGUCUAUGUGGCUGGGAACCUCGCUUACUACCAUAUUUUGUUGACAAAGAGAUUAGAUCAAAUCAUUCUGUUUUGAAGGCAAACGUUUGUGACUCAUCUGAUAUUGUUUCUGAUACACAGAAUCCUAGAAAUGAAGAGCGUAUGUUAGGAGAUGAAAAUUCUGAAGUUCCUAAUUUUGAACUAUCUGAUCCCAAUUCUGUUGUUCUAGAUUGCAGGCUUUGUGGAGCCACUGUAGGAUUAUGGACCUUCUCUACAGUUCAGCGGCCAAUGGAAUUUUUCCAAUUCGUUGGACAUACAGAGCUAGGGACUGAAAACCAUUCUGUAAUCCAUGAUUCAGGCAUUGAAAAUCAUACUGAAAAUAGGAGAGAUGUUAUAAGUGGUGGUUUAGAAGGUGCAACAUUGUCUAAAGAAAGACUUUCAAACUUAAAUUUGACAAUUGCAGGAGGUCCUCCACCGACAAAGCAGAACUUUAAAGCAACUAUUUCUUUGCCUCUUAUAGGCCGGAAUUUAAGGGCUCGGUUUUCUUAUGAUUCUGAAUUUAGGGACCGUAUACUUUUUAACCAAGAAAAAAGUCAUGCCAGUGAAAAAGGUGAUGCUCAUAGCAAGGAGAAUGACAAAAAUAAGUCAGUGGAAGGAACAGAUGUUAUUGGACAAACAGUUCGUCCUGAUGAUGGCAUGCAUGAUUUCUUAAUGGGAAGUAUUUGUUCACAAAUUGAAACACAAGAAAGUUGCCAGGGUGAUAUUAUGUUGUCUGAAAAUGUGGCUAAUGUUGGAUCUAACAACUUGUCAGGAGAAGAUCUUGAUAAUUCUCAUGUUCAAAACUCUUCUCUUAUGACCCCUAAUGACAGUGAUACCAAUAUAAUGGGUGAAAAUGACAGAAACCACUCCUCUUUAAAUGUUUCAUCUGGCAAUGGCAAUGUGCUACAUAUUUUAGGGAGCAAUGUAGUGGAUGGUAAAGAUACUUCUUUAGCUGGCCAUCAAGAGUCUUUAUCUGUUCCAUCUUGUUUGGAAACCAAUGUAGAUGUUGAAAAAACCAGUACUGAUAACCAGGCCACCACAGCUGUGGAAGCCAAUAGCCAGGAGGAUAUUGGAGGCAGAUUGCAGACUCCUGCCAAAAAUGAACUUGUGGUUUUUGGUACUGGUAAGGAUCAUAAACAAGUUCCAGUGGAAAAAGCAAUGGAGUUUGAUCCCAUCAGGCAGCACAGACAUUUUUGUCCUUGGAUUGCAUCAACAGGCAAUGUGACACCUGGAUGGCGACAAACAUUAUAUGCUUUACAACGAGAGAAAGGAUUUUCACCUUCUCCACCUAAGAAUUCACCUUCUUCAGCAUCCAUAAUUAAGGUGGAUGAUCCAGUCACUUCGGUUAGAAAGCUCUUCAUGUCUCCGUCUCCAAAAAGAAUGAAGCGCACACUUAUGGUGGCCCAAAGUUCUGAGAAGUAGUGAAAUGCUUGCAAGCUUUAACACAAAGCAUCUCUUUCUUGGCUAUAAUCAAUUUGGAACCGUUGGAAGUGUUCUGUUUGUUGUUAAUUACAUCCAUUUUGGAAGUUCUCUCACUUACUGCCAAACUCAGCUUUAAAGUAAAGCUGGAAUUUUCACCUUUGCAGGGGGAAACUUCCGAUUUGAAGCAUAUGAUGUUGAGGCUUUUGAAGGAAUAUAAAUGAAUUAAUUGCACUACAUGAAGUGUUUCUCUUCUAACAAAAAAGAAAGGGAAGAAAAUGGGUUGUGAACAGAGUCUACUCCAGCAAGCCACAAUUUGUGACCACCACCUUUGAGUAAGGGCGGUUGAAACCUCUUUCUGCUACAACGGCUCUUUUGUCACCUAUCAGCUUUGCCACCCUUUCACGAGACAAAAGUUGGUCGUUAGUAUGACUUUUUGGUCAAGAGCGGAAAAUCAUUGGCAAUCAUGAUAGCUGAUGAAUAUUUUCCAGGGGCAUUGGCUUAGAAACAAUCAAUUUUAGCAUUUGUAAAAUAGGGUAAUGCACUCGUGAUACAGUUAUCAUUAUAAUUUUGCUGUAAGUUUGGCUACUUUGGUGCAUGAUGUGAAAUGCAUGAGUUUGCUUAGUAUUUUCUUUUAUGUAAUGAUAUGAAACCAGACAAAUCUAUCUAAAUUUUUAUAGAAUAUAAUUUGGAAUGGAAUGGGAAUGCAUAUUUAAGAAUCAA